AUGUGGAAUAUUCAACUAGUACCAUCAUUCGGUAGUACCCUGGAGACCCUGGAGACUCAGAGAUUCGAGAUGUGUGUCAUUUCCGAACGAAUGCCGGUGUCCACUCGAUCCACAGCGCAGAAGCUUUGGGACGGGACAAUGUUCCAUGAUCCGACGCAGAUCACCGCCGCGGUGCACUGA